AUGCAGGUGUUCUACGUGCACUUGCCAUGGGAAAUCAAUGAAACGGAAUACAACUGCAGCAUUCGUUCCCAAUCCGAGUGGCGAAGCAGAGGAUCAGUAAAUCCCUAUCAAGGAGUCUAUUUUAUGACGGCUGGAACUAUACUUGCGGUCCUGUACGUGCUGUCAUUGUUUGGAAUGUAUCGUAAACGUCUCCUGAGAGCUCCCUGUUAUAAGCUUAUGUUUUUCAAUGGUUUCAUUGAUCUCAGCGAACUUUUUGUCAUCUCAUAUAUUACAGCUUAUUUUCAUUUUACUGGUGCAGUAUUUUGCUCUAACAUCACCUUGGGAUGGUUUGCAGCACACAUCGGUUUCUGUCUUUGGUGUGGAGCGACGUUUAGCUGCAUAGUUCUAGCCUUGAAUAGAAUAGUAGAAAUGACCGAUCUUGCGCACCCUUUCCGGUUUCUGUUUCAAGGCAAGAUACUUUACAUGUGGAUGUUCAUGUCCUUGUUGCUUAUAUUUGGAAGUGCCUUUCUUCUUCGGCCGAUACCUUUCAAUUCAGCGGUAUCAGCAUACAUUAGCGAUCCUCUUAUAGUGGACGAACCAGAAAUCAAGAAACGAUAUGACUAUAAUACCUCUUUAUUGAUGAUAGUCUACGACAUUGUGGAAUCAGGAGUUUUGGGAGCAUUGUACGCCAUACUUUGCUAUAUUGUAUGGAAAAAGUGGAAUGCUGUACACAGUUCUGAUAAGUUUCAAAAACAGCUGCUCAUACAAGUAAUCUUAAUCUGUUUACCAACAAUAUUGACCGGCCUGCUGUACGGUGCUGCAGAACUGUUCGUAGUUCCACGAAAUGUCCUUAUAGCAAUAAACGUGAUGUGGCAGCUCAGCCAUGGUUUACAUGGAGUUGUUUACCUUUGCUACAACACGCGAAUUCGAGCAGAAGUCGUCGCAAUGUUCGUUGCACGCCGAAAAGCCGCUCCUAUUUGCAAUUUUCCAGUCAUAAAAAAUCGGUGUCGUUUUCAAAUCUCAACUUUCUGA